UAUAAAGCCAUAAACCUUAAGGACUCGGAGAGCAAGAUAAGUUUUGCAAUUGAAGUGCUAAAAAUAAUGGCUUCAAAUCAGGAAGAGUUGGUGCUUUUGGGAGCUGUGGGAAGCACAUUUGUUUGCAGGAUUGAGAUCGCUCUCAAGUUGAAGGGAGUUGAAUACAAAUAUGUGGAAGAAGAUUUGUCGAACAAGAGUGAUCUUCUCCUCAAGUAUAAUCCAGUUCACAAGAAGGUUCCUGUGUUUGUUCACAAUGGGAAGCCUAUAGCAGAGUCCCUUGUGAUUGUUGAAUACAUCGAUAACAUAUGGAAACACAACCCCAUCUUGCCCUCUGACCCUUACCAAAGAGCCUUGGCUCGUUUCUGGUCCAAGUUCAUAGAUGACAAGGUUGUGGUUGCUGCAUGGACAGCUGUGUUCACAGUUGAUGAGAAAGAGCGUGAGAAGAAUAGUGAAGAAUCAUUGGAGGCUCUGCAGUUUCUAGAGAAUGAGAUAAAGGACAAGAAGUUCUUUGGAGGAGAGGACAUUGGGUUGGUAGAUAUUGCUGCUGUGUGCAUUGCCUUUUGGAUCCCAAUUAUUCAAGAAAUAGGGGGGUUGGAGUUGUUCACCAGUGACAAAUUUCCCAAACUCUACAAAUGGAGCCAAGAAUUAACCAACCACCCUGUUGUCAAACAAAGUUUGCCCCCUAGAGACCCUGUUUUUGCAAUUUUCAAAAGACGCUAUGAAAGUCUUUCUGCUUCAAAAUAGAUUUAUGCAAUGUGAGAACCACUAGUGGUAGAGAAUUAAAAUAAUAUAAUAGGAUUUAAGAUUUAAACAUCGUUAUUGUCAUUAUAGUUGGUGUUGUUAUGAUUUCUAUCAAUAAAAAUAAAUAAAGAUUCAUGUGUUGUGUGACUUACAACUACAAAGGAAAAUGGUGCGGGUUCCUUGUUUCGGUUGUUUGUCAUUUAGUUGUUGCUGUUGGGAUUUGGUUUCAAAAUAAUACUUGUAAUAUGGGAUUUCUCCAAGUGAAAAAUUAGUCCAUUCUUGAUA